AUGGGUGAUCUGGAAAAAAUAUUUUACGACUUUUGUGAUUCAGUUAAGAAAGGGUCAAGAACUGCAACAGACAAAACCAUUAAAAAAAUCUGUACCGACUGUAAUAUCUAUACGAAAUCAUUUAAUGCAAAUGCCGUCGAUAUUGCUUUUUGCAAACAUCUUAAAAGUGCCAAAAAAGACGUUGAUUUCUCUGAUUUUGUAAGAUUUGUCGAAGGAGCAAUGGCAGAAGAGUAUGCAAAACAAAAAAAUAUAUCUACAACUGACGCAUCGAAUGAAAUAAAAAACAAAAUAAUCAGUACUUCCGGUCCAAAAUCUCAUGGAGCUACUCAAGCUAGUAAAGAUUCGGCGACAUCACGUCUCACUGAUGUAAAAGGAUAUACAGGCUCUCAUAAAGAACGGUUUGAUACUGAAACUGGUAAAGGUAAAGGAAUCGAGGGACGAGAGUAUGUCAUGGAUGAAAAAGCGGCUUCCGGUUAUGUUGGAGGCUAUAAAGGGAAGAACACAUAUGACAAAACCCACUAA